AUGAAAGACUUAACUGAAUAUAUUUCUAAUAUGUCAGAAUUACUUGAAAACUUUUCUGAUACAUUGCAAUUACUUGAAAAUUCUUCUGAUACAUUGCAAUUACUUGAAAAUUUUUCUAAUACAUCGCAAUCUGGUGAAACUAUUAAAAAACGUAAAGUUGGAGAAACAAGCCUUCAAAGAAUUGUAGUAAAUAAGAGUGAACAUCCAAAGGCUGCAGUUUGGAAUGACUUUAUUAUAGGAAAAUCUGAUGGCAAAAGUUACUACGAUGCAAAAUGUCAUUAUUGUAGUAAAGAAAACUGGAAGCGUAGAAGACCCGCAAAGAUGGAAGCCUAUUUGGCUUUGCAUUGUAAAGGUGAAGUUCCUGAUAAUAUAAGGUGA